GAUGAGCCAUCGUCAGACGCUAGCAAGAAGCAAAGUGCAGAGUUGGUUCUUGGAGGCGUGGACCCUAAACAUUACACUGGGGAUUUCGUCUUCGCUCCUGUCAAGGUACCGCUGUAUUGGAGACAUCACCGUUGAUGGCAUGUAUUUGAAAAAGAAGAAAUUAUUCGGAAGCUACCCCGCCAUACCUGACACUGGCACCACCCUUAUCUACGGGCCUCCCGACGCCAUAAACCCCAUCAACAAGGCAAUUGGAGGCCAACCGGAACAAGGCAUUUACGUGGUCGACUGUUCUAAAAUAGACUCCUUCCCUGAUGUCUACGUGUCUAUAAGCGGCCAGAAACUUGUUAUGCAUGGGCCCGACUACGUUAUAAAAGUUUUGUACGCUGCAAAUUUGCCAUUCUACAUCCUGGGAGAUCCAUUUCUGCGCAAAUACUACACUCAGUUUGACAUGGGCAACAACCAG